AUGUUUGAGCUGUACCUGACUGCCUACAAACAACAAGCAACGCUUUACAUUAUGAGGUACUUUGGGCCUUUGCUGAAAGGCGCUAUAGAAAUGCAGUUGCUUCAUUACUUCAAUGCAGCGUAUCGAUUGACUGCGAAAUGUUGGUUCGGGGUUGGUGAUUGCAGUUGCCUCUCCCUCUCCUGUAUUUCCUGCACUGCUACUUUCAGCUCUCUUCCUACUCCCCUGCUGACCUUUGAAUGGAUCUGUAUUUCCGCAUUCACCUGGAACCGGCCGCUCGGCUCCUCUCUGACCAUGUCCCAGAUGGAGAGCAGGGGCUCGGAGCCCACACAGCCAGCCCCGGCACCAGCCCCGCUCUCCGCUGCCUGCCCGAGCUGCUGCCGGGGGGAGGAAGGGGAAGCGAGCCGCCCACCCUGCACCUGCCGGCGGCCUGGCAGCCAGCUCCUCGCUGCCCCGGCCCCUGACUGCGGAGAGUGCCCGGUGCACCGCGGUCAGCCCGGCUGGUACUGCCUGACUGAGGGCAGGGCGGUGUGUGCUCCCUGUGCCAUCCCGGGACCCUGCAGCAAGCACCUGGGAGCCAGCAUCGGGGAGGCGGCGGACCGCAUGAGGAAUAAACUGGUUGAUGAUUGUGAGAAAUUACAGCUGAGAUUAGCUUCAGUGGAAAGAUUCACGGAUGGGACUCUGAACAACAAACGCCGCAGCGUUAAGGCUGAUGCCAGCAGUGCCAGGGAACAGGUCAUUCAACGUCUCAACUUUAUCCGUGAGAUGUGCGACAAUGAGGAGCAGAGACUGUUGGAGGUGAUCCAUGAUGAGGAAGAGCGAGUCCAGCAAAGCAUUUUGACCCAGAAUACCUAUUGGAUGGAGUCCCAGCAAAAGCUAGCUGACAUUAAAAACUACCUGGUAGACAUAGUGACAAAAAUGGACGAUACCGUCCUGGUGAAACACCAGAAGGAAAUCUUCGACAGGGCGGAGGAGGCAGAGGGAAUUCUUGAACCCGAGGACUCUAAUAAGCUGAACUUCAACCUUGCCUGCGUUCACAGUCAUCUCCUUAGUAACCUGUGGGCAUCUGCAGCCAUGAUCUGCAUUCCAGUUACUGAAAACUUGCACAUUGAUGAGAAAACACUGCAUUCAUCGCUGACACUGUCCGAGAACAAAAAGAGACUGAGUUUCGUCAGGAAAAAGGUCCAUUUGUACCCGGACUGUCCUGAGCGCUUUGAGCAUUGGCCAAAUGCCUUGGGCCUGGAGUCUUUCCAGAGGGGCCUUUGUACCUGGAGAGUAGACGUGGAGAAUAGCUGCGCCUACAAAGUGGGCCUGGCUUACAGCUGCCUUCCCCGCAAGGGAACCGGUCAUGAGUCCCGUCUCGGAUAUAACUCGUCCUCCUGGGUGUUCUCCCGCUACGCCGAAGAGUACACGGUCGCUCAUGACGGCCAGGUGAAGACCCUGGAUCUGCUGCGGCGCCCAAAGUUGAUCGGUGUACUGGUGGACUAUGAUGGAGGUGUAAUUCUCUUCUACGAUGCUGACGCCUGUGCUAUAAUUCACAGCUACCAAACAAAACUCUCCUUUCCCGUCCACGCAGCGUUCGCAGUAGCAGACAACUGUAUUACAAUAGUCCAAUAGAAGAUUUAAUGGGAACACUGAAAGUCGCCAGGUCUGCACCCUAACAUUUUCCUUCAAUUUUUUCAUUCUUUAUUGAGGAGAUGGUGAUGCAAUGGCGAUGUCACUCAACUCGUAAUCUAGAAGGUAAUGCUUUAGGUCAUGGGUUCAAAGCCAACUGUGGCAUGUGGUGAAAUUGGAAUUAAUUCAAUAACUAUGGAAUUGUAAAAAAGGUCUGAAGGGAAUUGGAGAACCACUGUCAAUAGUUGUAAAAACCUAUGUGAUCCAUUAAUAUCACUUAGGGAAGGGAGAGCUGCCAUUCUCACCUCGAUAUUCCAUACUCACGGCAAUGUGGUUAGCUCUUCACAGCCCUCUGAAAUAACUUAACAAGCCACUCAGUUCAAGGACAGUUAGGGAUGGGCAACAACUGUUGGCCUUAACACUGACACCAAUAUUAAAGAAUAAAGAGGAAAAUAAUUCGAGGAAGAGACCCCAAUCUAAAUGAAAAGCAGAUUACAGGCAUAGAGUCAUACCAGACCCUUUGCUUCAACUCAUCCAUGCCACCUAGAUAUCCUAGAUUAAUCUAGUCCUAUUUGCCAGCAUUUAGCCCACAUCCCUCCAACCCUUCCUAUUCAUACACCCAUCCAGAUGCCUUUUAAAUGCUGUAAUUGUACCGGCCUCCACCACUUCCUCCGGUAGCUCAUUCCAUACACGUACCACCCUCUGCAUAAAAAACAUAGCCCUCAGGUCUUUAUAAUCAUUCCCCUCUCACCUUAAACCUAUGCCCUCUAGUUUUGGACUCCCCCACCCUUGGAAAAAGACCUUGGCUCUUCACUGUAUCUAUCCCCUUCAUGAUUUUAUAAAUCUCCAUAAGGUCACGCCUCAAUCUCCGACUCCAGAGGUGAAAGGUCCCAGUCUAUUCAGCCUCUCCCUAUAGCUCAAACCCUCCAGUCACAGCAACGUCCGGCAGAACUUGGAUUUAAACAUGGAAAACAUUUAUCAUCAAGUUUUUCCUUUCUAGUUUUCUGCCCAGUAUUGUUUUAUUUUUGCUGCUGUAGAUUAUAAUAGUUCAUUGGCCGGAGUUACAUGUAAACCAGACCAGGUAAGGAUGGCAGUUUUCCUUCAUGAAAGCACAUUUGUGAAAUAGUUGUGUUUUAAUUAAAAUUCAAAAACUCAUGGUUAUCAUUACUCAUAUCAGUUUUUCAUUCCCAGAUUUAAAUAAAAUUAAAUCAAAUUCUCAAACUA